UUCCUUUCGCUGUUCCUGUUACGUCUUAUCCAAAUACGUCGAAGUAUUUUUAUUUGCACAACCAACUUUGCCGUCGCAAUGUUGCAACAAUUUCCACACACAAUGAAAAUCAAUUUGCCAACUCGCAAUAACAAGUAUUUUGUGUUUACGCUAAAUGUGCAACUCUAUAAAUAAAUCAUUAACAAUAGCAACAAUUGCUAGUGCAAAUACAUAGGAUCGUAAAUAAUCGGAAAGUAUUAAAUAUAAUGCCAAGACCCUCGCGAGAAUCGUACGGCGAUCAAAAGCCGCCUUACUCGUACAUCUCGCUGACGGCCAUGGCCAUCUGGAGUUCACCGGAAAAGAUGCUACCUCUGAGCGAUAUCUACAAAUUCAUCACCGAUCGAUUUCCCUACUAUCGCAAGAAUACGCAACGCUGGCAAAAUUCACUGCGUCACAAUCUCAGCUUCAACGAUUGCUUCAUCAAGGUGCCCCGACGUCCGGAUCGACCCGGCAAAGGGGCCUAUUGGGCACUGCAUCCGCAGGCCUUCGAUAUGUUCGAGAACGGAAGUUUGUUGCGGCGUCGCAAGCGUUUCAAGCUGCACAAGAACGACAAAAAUCUGCUCAACGAGGAACUGACGGCACUCGCGAAUCUGAAUCGCUUCAUUUUCACCGCACGCUCCGGGUCUCAAGUGCCGCCCAUGGAUUUGGGCGUAGAACCUGCGGCGGCGAUGAUGCCACAUCAUGCGGCAAGUCGCGUUUCGCCCUCCAUUGCCACGCAUCUUCCGCUGACGCCAGGACACAGCCUGCAGCACUCGCAGGCGCGAUAUCUAGAGGACAUGACGCUGCUCAAUCUGCGCUCCACAACAACGACGAUGGCGACGACCAACUUGGAUGUGGAGGGCACAAGCAGCUAUCGACCCAAGCGUUCAUUCACCAUCGAGAGCUUGAUCACGCCCGACAAGCCGGACCAAGUCUCUGAGGAGGAGCAGGAGCACGACAUCGAUCCGGAUCAGGACCAGGACAACGAUGACGACGAUGAUCGCACCGACAUCGAUGUCGUCGAGUGCGGCAACAGCAGCUAUACCACAAAUGCCAGCAGUUGUUAUCCAGCACGCACCUCAUCCGCCGACUGUCUAUCGAUAACUCUGCCCCCGAUUCGCAGCGAGGAUCAGCGGCAACGCCCCCUGCCGCCUCUGCACACCAUCACCGCCUCGGCGCAUCUGCCAUUCCUGCACUACGCAGCCGGAGUGAAUGUCUCGGGUCUAGGAGUUGGAGCUGGGACCAUACAAUCGUCAUCCGCGGCGGGGGGAUUAUCGGCGACAUCCUACGAUCUGGCCAUGACGCAUCCGCUGCUGAUGAUGUCGACGCCAAUUGGCAACCUGCACAGCAGCUACUGCAACAAUUUUCCUAUCAUACCACCGCCGCAAUCGUAUCGAGGACCAGGACCGGAAGUUCAAAGUAGAAUAAGCUCUGGUAUGCGAACGAUAUAAACGAUCAUCUUGUCGUUGUACAUAUAAACGUAGUUCCUUUCGUCAGUAGUAGGGCCUAAUACUUAAACACUCAAUCGAAUACAAAUAGAAAUACAAAUACAUUUAGAGAUACGAGUACUUAGACUAUAUGUAUACACUCCUUUUAUUUAUUAAUGUAUCACAAAAACACACGCAGAGAGAAGAAAAUCUGAUUUAACCAAUACCAUUUGUUAUAAACUGAUACUACGAAGAACAAAAUUAAAUUAAUGAAUUCUUUUCAGAAU